AUGAGUAAAUGGAAUGAGCUUCGACUUAGAUUAAGCAAAAAUCAAACAAUUGAUGAUGAAAUGCAACGGGAGAUUGCAAAAGAAAAGGAGCACUGGAGGCAGGUCCUGGAACGAAUAAUUUCUGCUGUUAAGUUUCUUGCUAAACAAAAUCUAGCCUUUCGAGGAUCAAAUGAGAAAUAUUAUCAACGUAACAAUGGUAAUUUUCUAGCCACAAUUGAAAUGAUUGCUGAAUUUGAUCUUGUGAUGCAAGAACAUAUUAGUAUUUCUCUAUUAUCUUGGAUUGUUGAUGACACAUCUGGAUUGGGGCUUUUUAAUAUUUUGUUGGAUGCAUUGCGGAAUCUUGAUUUGAAGAUUGAUGAUGUGAGAGGUCAAGGUUAUGACAAUGGUUCCAAUAUGAAGGGAAAACAUCAAGUGGAUAUAUUGUUUGUUCGCACGCUCUACUAA